UUCAUCAAUUCGACUGUUUGUUCUUUUUUUACAUGUAUUCUUGGUUAGUGUUUUGCAUUGUUUAGUAAUAUUAGUUUUAUUGGUAUAAGCGGCGGCGCCAACAUAAGUUACCUAACUUGAGCCGGUCGUCACUUUAUCGUGUAUCCUUAUUUCGUUUAUUGUAUGCUGAAUAAAUAACGACCGAAGCAGGAUUGGCCGCGCUGCGUCGUAUUUUGUUCUACCGACCCGUAAAAAAGAAUUCAAAAACCCAAAAUCGAGAACACCGCCGUCUGUUUUGAUCUGUGGAUCCGAAAAAAAAAACCUGGCGACUCCACGAUCUCAAAAACCAACGCAGGGCUCGGGCUAGGAGCGCAUGGCGACAUAUUUUGUUUUGCCGAUCUGAAAAAAUGACGACUCCUCAAUCUAAAUCCAACAACCAACGCGUGGUUGACCACUCGUCGCAAUACUUUGUUCUGCCGACCCGCAAAGAACUAAGUAAACCAGUCCACAAUCUGAACAACCAACGCCACAGGACUGAGUAAAAGAAUAGAGGACUCAAAAAUGUGUUCCAACCCACGCAGGAUUGAGCGCAAGGCACCGUAUUUUCUUCCGCCGAUAACAAAACAAAACAAAAAAAAAACUGACGAGUUCAUAAUCUUUACAACCGAAGCAGGAUUGGGUGCAUGGCGCCUUUUUUGUCCUGCCGAUUCUCGAAAUCACAUCCAAAUUGUUCUGUCGACCCGCAAAAGAACUGGUAACUCUACAAUGUCAAGAAACAAAGCAGGCAAGUUCAGCACACGGCACAGCAUGUUUUUCGAUCCGCCUAAGACUUGAUGGAGACAUCAUAAUCUCAACAACCAACGCAUUUUGUUCUGUCAAUCCGCAAAAGAACUGGCGACUCCACAAUCUCAACAGGAAUAGGCUUGCUACACCGUACGUAUUUUGUUCUUUAUGCUGAGGUCACAAUUCCCACACGGGGCCCAGGCCGGCCAGCUUUUGGAAACGAAAAAUAUGGUAUAAAAGACACUAUUUCUGUAUAUUUUUGAUAUGAAUUCUUAAUUUUUCGUUUAUACCGUGACAUUCUGUUGCCAUGAGAUCGGUGUUGUCUUAUCUUGUACGCCGAUGAAGACAAACUUCUGAAAAGAGUAAUGGGUUGUAAGUGGAACUCCUCGAGUUGACUCAUUUUUCUUGUAUAUAUGUUUUACAUCAACAGACCUACGAGAUAUAGAGUCACUUCAUCUUAUUCAGUCUAGCAUUCCUUAGACCUUAGGUCCUCCUGUGUCUACAGGCACAUUGGGCAGCGAGUUUCCAUCUGGGUCGAGUAGCUGCUGCCUCCUCAGCCUCUUCCCAGGUGAUGUUGGCCCUCUGAAAGGUUCUUCGCCAGGGGUUCUUUGGCCGACCUCUCUUCUGGCGGUCUACCUUUCUACGUUCCGGCAGAAAACUGGCGCUUGUACGUGUUAUGAACCCACUGUGAACCGUUUGUGUACAACCACACAACCCCCCCCCCAUCUUAGAAGUAGAGUGGUCCGACCCAGUAACCUCACCCUGGUGCUAGGAGUCCUGGAGGCAACACAAUAAAGUACGAAGCUCCUCAAAAGUCCAGUGUGGGACCUGCCAAUGUAACAGCAAGACACGCAUUGGAUUGGAUAGUAAACCAACCUAAUAAACUUUAUUGCUCAACAACUGUAACUGGUAGUACACUGUAUGGCAAAGAAGAAACAACAAGGGUAGAUACAUGAAUUAUACUGGAUAGUAUGAGCGUACACACCUGAUAAAAUGGUCAGCUAAAUGUACGUGUGUUUGAGUGGUGAUCAGUGCAAAGGUGUUUUCUACCUUCAAAAUGCUCCGUUUACUUUACCAUAGCAGAGUUUGCCGAAGGAAGGUUUGGUUAACUAUAGUGCAAACUUCGGCUUUGAAAGGCGAAGUUCUUCUUUACUUUGCCUAAUGGGUACUCUGAAAGCGUUACUUGACUGACUCUGCUAAACCGUAGCUGCGUAGGCGUAGCAAAAAAAGCAGACUGACGGAAAACUAAGUCUCCCUACUUAUUAGGUACUACAUGUACGUCGAUGUAGGCGUCAUAACACUCUGGUACUCUGGCACUCAAGAGUCGUUCCAGAACCAAAUACACGCAAAGAGACAAAAUCAAGAACGUACAAGAAGUGUAUAAUUGGUUGUACUGGUGAUGCCUUUGACAUGCUCGUCCCAGGAGAGAUCACUGGUAACAGCAACACCCGAACAUGCUUAACUUUUAACUCCUUCCACUGGCUGACCGUUUAAAUUGUGAUGGAUUUACCUGGACAUUACGGCAGCUUAUCAUGUGUUUGGGGGUUUUGUUUGGCGUUUGUGCAUGCUGUACGAUGUUACCCAUGAUUGUAAAGUAGUCACUGACCAACGAACACCGAUCUUUUGCGGCGAGCCCUGGUCUUUCAAGUGGCAGAAGAGCAUACCGUCUCGUUUGUGCAAUGCAUGAGCGCGUUUGCCUGUCGUUUAAACAUCAAAACAAAGUCAAGGUGUGCCCAUUUCUACCUUCAAGUUCAACCUUGAGGAACCGUGACCAGCCACGAAUCACUUACAGUUACACGCAGUUACAGUUACACCGGACGAACGAUCUUCUACACAACAUCUGAGCACUACCUUGAGAGAAGACCACCAUGAGGGUUCUCGGUGUCAUCUUGCUUGGAUGUACACUUCUCCUUCCAGCCAUCAGCAGCAAUUCACAAUCUGCUGAAGACCAUCGCCACCACUACAGCGAGCAAGCCCAAAGCGAGCCAACGGACCGACGCGCAGAUCCCCAGUGCAAGUAUGGCGGUGUGUACGACAGGGCGACGGGUCGGUGUAAUUGUUUUGACGUUGCUUGUACCCAUGAGGCCCAACCGCUCCCAGUGUGCGGCUCCAACGGGAAAAAAUACCCGAGCCGGUGUGCCAUGAAGGUCGCCGCGUGUUUGACUCAACAGCCCAUCCACAGCGUUGGCCACCCGCCUUGCGACCCUUCGGAAACAGGUCUUGACCGAUGCAAGUACGGCGGUGUGUACGAUGCGGAGACAGGUCGGUGUGAUUGUCGGCGCAUUUCUUGUCCGCACACUCUCCACCCGGUCUGUGGCUCCGACAGAACGCAAUACGACAGCGAGUGUGCCAUGAAGGUCGCCGCGUGUUUGACUCAACAGCCCAUCCACAGCGUUGGCCACCCGCCUUGCGACUCUUCUGACACAGACCCCAUUGGUGAGUACUGCAAAAGUGAAGAAGCUAAAGUCAUCAGUUCCUCUGAUUCCACUGAUGAGUACUGCAAAAGUGAAGAAGCUAAAGAAAAAGCUAAAGACAUCAGUUCAGAUGCUAUAGUCCGUUUGAACUUCGCUGGGAGAUUUCUUGCUGACGUCUCAACUUACAACAACAAUCGGACAAACUUCAACAUCAGCACGUUCGAUCCUCAGAGAGAUCCUGAAUGGAACCCAAAAGGAACCAAUGAUUUCCGGUUGGUCAACUGUUACGUGACGCAAGUCUGCCUCGCGGAUGGAACGUGCAGCACUUUGGACAAAACUGUUGGCAAACGUAUCAUAGGAUCGGACAGCACCACUACAGGCAAGCUGGUGGAUCUGGAUACAGAUGAUCAAACACAAUCUCAGAUAUGGGGCCUCCAGGUCGGCGUGGACGGGUUCUUCAAAGGGGAUUUUACACCACGGUCAUUCAACCACAUGCACGACGCCUGUGAAGGAUUGAAAUGCCCUACAGUGUCUGGGAUGACCCGAUUUUCUGCAAUUUUUUUUUCGACUUUGCAGAACGUGCAGUGGGUCGAGGAGUCUCUUUCAGAACAUUCCGAGUUUGUAAAGCAGGUCAUGUCCCUGCGUUGUAAGCCUGGAUUCCAGUUGCAUAUCAAACUCAACGUCUACAACAUGAUAGUGGUGUCAGAGUCUCCAGACUUUCCGUAUGGCCGAGUAACUGGGACCAUAUUUGCCAAAGUGUCAGAGACUCCUCAUCCUUAUGGUCCGUACAACAGAAUGCUGUGGGACCCCAGCGGAACUGGUGGUCGUCACGUGCCGUUCUACGUUGAUUCCAAAAGGAAUAAAGUAGUAUUGGACUUUGCCAAUAGCAUGACGUUUGACAUCAGAGGUAACGUGGUCGGACCAUCAGGUGGAUCCCUGUAUCUAACUCAAUGCAAACCAUUACCAAAACUUACUUUAUGCGAACUUCUGGAAGAGGCAUACAACCUGGGACAAAUUAACCUGGGUAGAAACGACUGGUUCAAUGUGACUGCUGGCAUAGUUGAGCUUUCAGUAAAUCCCAAGGCAAUUGAAAGCACACAAUUGGUGGUUAUUCAACAAAAAACCCCAACGCACUGUGAGCGACUGGUGGAGGAAAGACAAGAUGGCUUGUUCGUCCAGGCCAUUGACGAUCGUGUUGCGCGAAAAGAACCUGACGAGGAAUGGCAGAUGCAGUUUCGCACUUUCCGGUUUGGCAGGCUUGCUAAAGAGGUUUUCAUCAGGCCCAUUCAAACCAGGCCAAAUAAAACUAGGCAACAUGCAAUAACUAUUGACAGCACUGAACCAUCCAGCGACAACGGCAUUUUGACGAUAAAGUUCAAGUCCGAGGAUCCGGGGGAGCCGAGAAAGGAACAGCAACUAGACGGCCAGGUGUACAUGUACGAUAUAAUGGCCAAGAUGGGAGACGACGGAUCAGAAUUCACGGUUCUGGACUUAACUGUCGCAGUCCAUCUGUUUUCACAGUACACUUUCACCGAAGGUGAAGUGACCUGGUACGAACAUGUCUACCCGAUAUUCCAGCAGUACGCCAAUCUCUAUCCCUCCAUGAAGCAAAUAAUCAACCUUGCAAGCUACGAUGAUGUUAAAUGGAAAAUGAAGUUACUCAAACACGCUCUCAAUCUUCCUGAAAAGGACCCAAAUUACAUGCCGGUGACCAGGGACCUAUCUAAAAACAAACGAAGAAUGAUCUUGUCCUGGUUAGACGACCCAAAAUUGGGCACCCCCACCAACACCUUAGAGGAACUAAAAAAGACCCUGCAGAUAGCACUACAGAUAGAACUGUCAACCAUUCCCCCAUAUCUGAGUGCGCUGUUCUCGAUAAAACAUGGCGAAAACAUAGAGGUGGCGGCCCUGAUCAAAAGUGUCGUUGUCGAUGAGAUGAAACACAUGACUCUGGCUUCCAACAUUCUGAACGCGAUCGGCGGUUCACCAAAUUUGAACAUCUCAUCUAUAGUACCGUCUUAUCCAGGACCGCUCCCGGGUGGCGCCAACCCUGGUCUCGUGCUAAAGCUUGCAAAAUGCUCACUGAACCAGAUCCGAACCGUCUUUCAGGGGAUAGAGAGGCCAAACUGUGAAAUGGUGGAUUCUGAUGUGGUUGAAUAUCUUCGCAUUAAUAAAAAACGUGUCAUGAAGUACAAAAGUGGCAAACCUGAGGGCAACACUGUGCAGGACAUCCUCAAACAUUGUCAAAAGAUAACAUCGUCAACACUAACGCCUCAGACCAUCGGUGCCAUCUACAUGAUUCAGAUUCUCUGUCCUAUGGCCCAACUGGAAAGGAACUUACAAAAGAAUGGCAACACUCUGUUCACAGGAGACAUUACAAAGCAAAUAACUUAUAGACAAUGGCUUGGCCACUACCACGAUUCCCCAUUUGCAGUGAGUGAUUUUGACAGUGCAGUAGAUGCCAUAACCAUCAUCGCUUCCGAGGGCGAAGGGAGUGAUCCUUGUCAUCCAUUUGAUGUGGAGACCAACAAGCUUUCACACUACUCCAAGUUUGCUGAGAUGGUGCAUGGACGGAAGCUGAUGGAAACAGGCCAACAAAACGAACCAUGGGCACCUUACUUUGAGAACUUUACCCCAUGUGAUGAAGAGGUAAAAUCGUGUAAAAUGACGUUCGGCUUCGUUGGCCGAAAGGUGCCUUUCUUCGAAGACGGUGUCUGGCCGACCAUUUCUAACCCGCGCACCAAGAGUUACCCUCCAGGCUCACAGGCUCGAAAAUAUUCUGACAACUUCAACAUGGUGUACACAGGCCUGCUGCAGUGUCUCCACGAAGCUUAUAAUGGAGCCCCGCAGAAGCUAAAGUGCGACUGCAUGGGCAUGAUGUCGUCACUAACUGCCUGGGGUAAAAGGCUGGUACAGACACCGAUAGACCCGAAUGGAGAUCCCGAGAUUGGGCCAAACGCAGCACCGACCUUUGAGUUUACUUUACUUAGCACUCCAUGAAAUCUUCUUCUACUUUGGCAGUUCAGUCUUGAAGACUAUCUAUGUCGCGCCUCUGGUGACCCUUCAUAUGGCUCGAAAGUCCGGCCUUGGUAUCACUCCAUGAUAACACGUUCCUUUAAACAGCACCAUGAAACCUCCACCGUCCCAUCAGCACCAUGAAACCACCACCGUCCCAUCAGCACCAUGAAACCAUCACCGUCCCAUCAGCACCAUGAAACCAUCAGCACCAUG